UCUGAAGGAGUCUGGAAUCUGCAACCCGAAAAUUCUGCCCCGUAAACAUCCAGAGGUCUGCAUCUGGCCACGUUUCAGACGCUGAACGUAUUCAAAAAUGCAAAGCGACGACGUGAUAUGGUCUGUAAUUGGCCAUGAGUUCUGCUCGUAUAAAGUCAAGACUGUCACUCAGAAUUUCUGCCGGAAUGAAUACAAUGUCACGGGUCUGUGUACACGGCAGUCAUGUCCACUUGCGAACUCGCGGUAUGCGACGGUGAGGGAGAAUGAGGGUGUGCUGUAUCUGUAUAUGAAAACGAUUGAGCGGGCACAUACACCUGCUAAUAUGUGGGAGAAGAUUGAGUUGUCAAAAGACUAUUCCAAGGCACUAGAACAGAUCGAUAAAGAGCUAAAGUAUUGGCCAAACUUCACUAUUCACAAAUGCAAACAGCGUGUCACGAAGAUAACCCAGUAUCUUAUCAAAAUGCGUCGAAUAAAACUACGGCAGGAGCCAAAGCUCGUGGGUGUGAAAAAGAAGUUAGAUAGACGCGAAGCGACACGGGAACGCAAGGCUCUCUCUGCUGCCCACCUUGAAAAAUCCAUCGAAAAGGAGCUGAUCGAGCGGCUCAAAUCAAAAGCAUACGGCGAUGCGCCACUCAACGUGAACGAAAGUGUCUGGCAAACAAUCCUCGACCGGGAAAAGAGUGGAAAGGAGAAGGAAUUGAAUGUUGGUGCUCAGUUGGAUAUGGAAGAUGAUGAGACGGACGGGGAGGAGGAAGAGGAGGAGGAGAUGGAGGAGGACUGGGACGCCGAAGGGGGCGAGUUUGUUAGUGAUUUCAGUGGAGAUGAAGAUGGCGAUUUGGAUGAUGAACUGAGCGAUUUGGAAGAUGUGGUAGACGGAGGACUGGGCGCAGAGGAGAGUGGGGAUGACCAAUCAGACGACGACAGCUCACCAGAAGAUGAACCACCAUCCAAAACCGUCCUUGGAAAGCGGAAAACCAAGCCAACAACAGCAAGGGCACCCCCAAGAAAGAAAUUGGACAAGCCAGGGAGAAGAGGCCCGAGGGUGGAAGUGGAAAUCGAGCGAGAAAUGGAGAGUGUACCACUCACAAGGUCCGCGUUGGCCAAUUGGUAGCCAUUGGGGACCUGGGUCCUCAGCUGUUUUACAUAUAUAUAUUCCACUGCGGUACGAGCAGCCACAUUCAAGAUUCGUGAACGAUCUUGAUUAUCGAUGAGACACAUGAAUCAGUUCUCGAUAGGCUGAUCACCGUCAUCAUCACCUGCUCUCGCCAAUGUUGUUUUCCCCCAUUGAAUGAGCUCUGACAACCGUGGCUGGGAUGCCAGUGGCUUCUUGCUCAACAGCGCUCGAAAGACCUUUCGACAAAACUCGGCAUAAGUUACUCGUUCCUCCCCAGAUAACACGCUCUGGUGUGCAAGUCAUUAGCUACAUGAUCAGACAUCAGGGCAAUUGCACGAACUUCAUAGUUGUCUCUCAUAGCUG